AUGACUAACCUGAGCUUGAUGUCUCAUCUUCACGGGCAGCAUUCUGCCGAAUCCCAUCUCGACUGGGCCAGACGGAUGGAAAUCGCUAUUGGGGCCAGCGAGGGCAUUGCGUAUCUGCACCACCAAGCGACCCCACACAUUAUCCACCGUGACAUUAAAGCUAGUAACAUUCUCCUCGACUCGGGCUUCAAGGCCCAAGUUGCGGACUUCGGUUUUGCACGGCUUGUACCGGAAGGUGCAACCCACGUGACCACCCAAAUCAAAGGCACCCUCGGCUACCUUGCUCCGGAGUACGCCAUGCUCGGCAAGGCCUCCGAGGCUUGUGACGUUUACAGCUUUGGAAUCCUCUUGCUUGAGCUUGCCACGGGCCGCAAGCCCCUUGAGAAGGUGGGCCCAAGCCUUCGGCGGCCCAUUACCGACUGGGCCUUGCCGUUGGCCCGCGAGCGGAAAUUCGGCGAGCUGGCGGACCCCAGACUUAAGGGGAAGUACGUGGAGGGAGAGAUGAAAAGGGUUGUUUUGAUCGGGCUCGUUUGCGCCAACAGCCAGCCCGAGAGAAGGCCCGCGAUGCUCGAGGUGGUCGAGCUAUUGAGAGGGGAUAAUAAGGAGAGGCUUGGUGUUUUGGAAAGUGAUGAGAUGUUUGGGGAGGAGUCUGUGGGGGGUGGCUUGAAGGAGCCAAAGCAAGAAGUAGAGCAAGAAAAGCAGGAAAUUGAAAAUGUGUGA